CAACCAGAUAUCUUAAUUUUCCCCUAUUAUCAGUAGUUUUAAUUUACGGUCAACACUCAGAGAGACCAUUUCUAUAUGGCUCCAACGAUCGCUGUGCCCUCCGUGAAGGCAAAGGAGAUCCAACGGCAUAAAACUCCGGCGGCGGAGGAGGAGGUGUUGAGGAAGAGGAACGAGGAGCUGGAGACGGAGUUGAAGAGAAGCCUAGAGAGAGAGGAGACGAUGAGGAGAGAGGUGCAGAGGACGUGGGAGCGGUUGAUGGUGGCGGAGGAGGCGGAGGAGCGGUUGUGCUCCCAGAUGGGGGAGCUGGAGGCGGAGGCUGUUGAACAGGCUCGGGCAUACAAGGCUAGGGUUACGUCGUUGAUGGAUCAGCUCUCCGCCGCACAGAUGCUUCUCCAUUCUCUGUCUGUUUCUAGAUGAUCCCACCGACAUACUCCCCAUAUGAAUUCCGAUUCAACAGAAGAAAAAAAAUAAAAAAACAAUUCUGUUUUGCCUUAGAUUUUUAUCAUCAUUAUUAUUAUGUAUUUUAGUCUUUAAUAGUAAGUUGUAAAAUAUUUUAUAGUCAUCAAAUUCUAUAAUGUAUUUUGAAGAUGAUCGAAUACAAAAUAUACGUGUAAAUUUCUAUUGAGAAGUGAUCACUGAUCGCCUUCCCACACCACACCGGAAAGGGCGACCCAGAUGGUCGCCUUCUCAAGUUGAGAAAAAGGCGAGUAUCUAGGUGGCCAAAAUAGUUGCCUUCUCUGGCUGGUGACCUCUUGGUGGGGAGGAGACGAUCUUGUGUUCUUAAAAGUGUUACAAUCAUUAUUAGUGAAA